AUGGAGAAGAAGUAUCCCUGUAAUAAAUGUGAAUAUUCUGCGAAUAAAUCAUCACAUUUAAAGCGGCACAAAGAGGUCAAACAUGAAGGAGUUCGAUAUCCCUGUGAUUUAUGUGAUUAUUCAGCCACUGAACCUUCAAAAUUAAAGAGUCACAAAGAAAACAAGCAUAAUGGAGUUACCUACCCCUGUGACCAGUGUGAAUACGCAGCAACCCGUUUCAGUAACUUAAAACAACACAAGCUAAGUAAGCACGAGGGGUCAAGUUAUCCCUGUGAUCAAUGUGAAUAUAUUGCCACUGUUCCCUCGCAUUUAAAGAGACACACAGAGAGUAAACAUGUUGGGGUUAGAUUUCCAUGUGAGAAAUGUGGGUUUUCUGCAGCUAACUUGUCUUCAUUAAAAAGACACAUAACUGGUAAACACACAGACCCCUCCAGCGUCAUUCUUGAGAAGGAAACUAUUUCUAAUCAACCAACUUUGUCAAAUACACUGAGUAAUGGAAGGUAUCCCUGUGAUAAAUGUAAAUAUUCUGCAACUUCAAAAUCCCAUCUAAAGAAACAGAAAGAAAGCCAGCACGAAGGUGUGCGGUAUCCAUGUAAUCAAUGUGAAUAUUCUGCCACUACAACUUUACAUCUGAAGAGACACGAAAAGAGUUUCCACAGUGGAGUUAUUUAUCCCUGUAGUUAUUGUGAAUAUUUUGCUUCUUCUUUAUUGUAUUUAAGAGGACACAAGAGAAGCAAACAUGUUUGUUUAGAUGAUGGUCUAGUUAAUCUCAAGAAAAUAAAAUCUACUAAAAACGACAAGAAGGUUGCACUAAGUGUUAAAUCAGAACCGGAAGAGGAAGAAUUUUUGAAAUUCAAACCUAAACUUGAUCUUGUGAAGUAUGAACCUGAACCUGAUCUUGUGAAACAAGAACCUGAACCUGAUCUUGUGAAGUAUGAACCUGAACCUGAUCUUGUGAAACAAGAACCUGAAUUUGAUCAUGGAAAACAAGAACCUGACCUUGAUCAUGUUAAACUAGAACCUUGUCCUGAAACUGAUCUUGUGAAACAAGAACCUGAACUUGGUCAUGUAAAACAAGAACCUGACCUUGAUCAUGUUAAACUAGAACCUUGUCCUGAAACUGAUCUUGUGAAACAAGAACAUGAGAUUGAAGAAUUUUGA